AUGAAGGUUUCCGCUACCCUCGCUGCUGGUGCCCUCGCCCUCGGCGUUGAGGCCAAGAACUACCUCGGUUUCAACUCUGGUGCCACCCUCGCCAACCGUGCCGCCAAGUUCAAGGCCGAUUUCCAGGCUGAGUUCGAGACUGCUCAGAACUUGAAGAGCGCUCCCGGUGACUUCAGCGCCGUCCGACUCUACACCAACAUCCAGGCCUACUCCGAGGAUGACCCCAUUGAGGCUUUCGAGGCUGCCAUCGACACCAAGACCGAGAUCCUCCUCGGUGUCUGGACUUCCGGCACUGACAACAUCGACAAGGAGAUCAGCGCCCUCAAGAAGGCUGUCGACAAGUACGGCUCCAAGCUGACCGACCUCGUCAUCGGAGUCUCUGUUGGUAGCGAGGAUCUCUACCGUAACUCCGUUACUGGCGUGAAGAACAAGGGUGGUGUCGGUGUUGAGCCCGAUGUCCUCGUUGACUUCAUCAACGACUUCAAGAAGGCUUUCAAGGGCACCCCCAUUGGCAAGAUCCCCGUCGGCCACGUCGACACCUGGGACGUCUGGGGCAACGCUACCAACAAGGCCGUCCUCGACGCCAUCGAUUUCAUCGGUGUGGAUGAGUACCCCUACUAUGAGAACGACAAGGGCAACAGCAUCGACAACGCUGCCAAGCUCUUCAACAAGGCGUACGAGGCCACCAUCGCCGCCUCCAAUGGCAAGCCUGUCUGGGUCACUGAGACUGGCUGGCCCUACAAGGGUCCUGACUGGGAUGAGGCUGUUCCUAGUGUGAAGAACGCUCAGAAGUACUGGCGCGACGUUGGCUGCAAGUACCUCUUCAACAAGACCCCCACUUUCUGGUACACUCUCCGCGACUCCAACCCCGACAACAAGAUGAAGUUCGCCAUCACUGAUAACCUCUCCACCACUCCUCUCUUCGAUCUCUCUUGCGACAAGGUUGACGACGAUGAGGAGACCACCAGCUCUGCCGUCCACUCCAAGACCAAGACCGAGUCCGGUGCUUCCACGGCCACUCAUGCUUCUAACUCCACCGCUACCUUCGUCACCUCUACUGCCUCUGCUACUAGCGGCUCCGGCGAUGAUGAGGAAUCUACUGGUACUGCCACCGCUACUGGCUCCGGUUCUAAGCCUACCUCUGGCUCUGGCUCCGGUUCUGGUUCUGGUUCUGGUUCUGAGGGUUCUGGAUCCAGCUCUGGCUCCGGUUCUGAGUCUGGUUCCGGCUCCGGCUCCAGCUCCGAGUCUGGCUCUGCCCCUGCUGAGACUCCCAGCACCAUCACCAACGGUGCUGCUUCCCUCGGCGCCUCCACUGCCGCCCUUGCCUUCCUUGCCCUGUUCGCUCUGUAA